UCUAAAUCCAUUUUAAUCAUGUUCACAUUUCUCAAUUCGUUCAUGUUCGAUUUCGAACUGACCCGAAUCCUCGGUAGCACAUCAAGCGGCGGAUGCGACGCUGGCGAGUUCAAGAGCGCCGUGGGCAAGAUCAAGAAGCACGAUGCUGAAUCUUGGUAUCGAGCAUGGAAAGAGCAAGGAGAACGAGCAAAGAAGAUCGGUGACGAAGCCGCGAAAGCUGGCUUCAAGAUACUGGCAAGGAACGCCUACCUCCGCGCAUCGAAUUACUUUCGGGCAGCGUCAUAUAUGUUUAGCAACGAUGAUACCAGAGUAAUACCCUUCUCCGAGAAAUCGAUCAGGAGUUUCCAGAGAGCAACUGCCCUGAUGGAUGGCGAAGUCUUGUCAGUGGAGAUUCCGUACGAGAAAGGCUUCAGUCUUCUGGGAUACCUUUAUCUCCCUCCUCAAGAAGCGCGAUUGCCUGGCAAGACUCCAGUGGUCAUGUAUCUUGGUGGAGCUGAUUCGACAAAAGAAGAGUUGUACUUCUUGUUCGGACAUUCUGGACCUCCACUGGGGUACGCCAUCCUUUGCUUCGAGGGCCCAGGUCAAGGCUUGCUUCUGAAAAGGUCGAAACUUCCGCUUAGGCCCGACUUCGAAGUUGUGGCAGGAAUAGCCUUAGAUUUUCUCGAGAAAUUAUCUGAAUCACGGCCAGAUUUGACGUUGGAUCUUGGAAGAAUUGCUGUCGCGGGAGCGGCGACUGGUGGUUAUUUUGCGCUUCGCUCAGCCACGGACUCACGUAUCAAAGCAUGCGUAGCCAUUGACCCAUUUUUCAGCUUAUGGGAUCUAGCUCUGACCCGUGCUCCUGAGUCGUUUAUUAAGCUGUGGGAUAGAGGGUGGGUUCCCGAUGGAAUCUUUGAUUGGUUAACAGAAUUGUCAUGCAAGAUGGAUUUUCAGGCAGGUUGGGAGAUGAUGCUGGGCAAAAGCAGUAUGGGAGUUGAGAAGCCUACCGCUAUGCUCAGACGAUUCAAAGAGUUCUCUUUGGAAUCGAAAAAGUAUGGGAAGAUCUUGGACAAGAUCACAUGUCCUGUCUUUCUUACUGGUCCUGGAGCUGGGCGUGAGAUGUAUGCAUCAGCAGAUGAUAGCACAUUAAAGAUCCACAGAUUGAUCACAAAGGUAUCAGAGAACAACAAAAGAGUGUGGGUUCCAACUGAUGUCGCGGAUGGUGGUUUGACAGCGAAGAUUGGAGCCUGGGCACUGUUGGCGCAGAAGAGCUUCGAGUUUCUGGACCAACAUUUUGAGAUUAGGAGGAAAAAACUAUGA